AUGGAAAUGGAAGAGCCAACAAAAUCAGAUAUUGACGCUAUCUUUAAACGAUUGAAAACGAUCUCAGCAAAUAAAGUUUGUUUUGAUUGCGAAGCAAAGAAUCCGACAUGGGCAUCCAUCACAUACGGUGUAUUUCUUUGUAUCGAUUGUUCAGCAAGACAUCGUGGGCUUGGUGUGCAUUUAUCCUUCAUUCGUUCGAUCAAUCUUGAUACAAGUUGGGCUUGGCUUCAACUUCGGGCUAUGCAAGUCGGUGGCAAUGCAAAUGCUGAAGCAUUCUUUCAACAACAUGGAUGUCAAACAAAAGAUAUUCAACAGAAAUACAAUAGUCGUGCAGCACAACUUUACCGUGAGAAACUUCAUCAAUUAGCAACAAAAGCGAUGAAACAAUAUGGAACUAAACUUUUUCUUGAUGAUGGAAACAAAAAUGAACGUCGUCAAUCAACCAGUGAAAGGAAAGACGAAGAUUUCUUCCAUGAACAUUCUCAAACAUCGACUAGAUCAGGUUGGGAGGAGAAUGUUAGUACAUCUUUACGUUCAAAUGAUCAAAAUCUUGAUAAAACUGAACAACAAGCUGAAGGACCUUCAGUUGAUCCUAACGCAUUUAAUAACGAUGAAUCGGCAAAGGUUUUUGAUCCCAAAAAGUCCACUAUUGGUCAACGUCGUGCACCAACAACUAAAAAGAAGGGCUUUGGCGCACAAAAGGUUUCGACUGAUUUCAAAGAAAUUGAACGUAACGUUCAAGAACAAGAAAAAUAUCGGGAAGAACGUGCUCAACUAGAGAUAAAAAAUCGUGAAGAACACGAAAAACAAAUGGAAAAACAAAUGGCGAAUCUGAAAUUUGCAUAUCAAGAUAUGAAUAAACAACGUGAAAUAGAAGAAGCGAAACUAAAACAAUCAAAUCCAAAGAAAGCCGAACAAAUGGAACGUCUUGGGAUGGGUUUUGGCGCUCGAAGUGGCGUUAGCCAUAGUGCGAUGACAGAUAUGCAAACGAUUCAACAAGAAGGUGUCACAACAACCAGAAAUGUGUCAUUAGCACCAAGAAAUCGCGAUUUUUUCGAUGAUUUUGAACCAGCUGGCUUUAGCAGUCGAUCGAAUAAUGAUAGACAAUUAUCGGGAGAUGAUGAUGAGAAUCCAUCAAAAUUAGAUGAUGAUUUCUUCAAACCAAAAUCAUCUGCGAAACCUAUGGAUUCAUUCAGUGCUGAUUGGGAAGUUAUUGAUAAAAAAUCAACGAACAAAGAUUACGGAUCAAGUGGAAGUAACAAAUCUUCAGGGUCAAAUUAUAACAGUUCGACGGCUAACAGUGAUGCUUACGGAUCAUCUUCUAAAUCAUCAACAUCUUACAAUGCAUCAUCUGCAGGCGAUACUCAGAAACGUUUUUCUAACGCUAAAGCCAUAUCAAGCGAUCAAUUCUUUAACAGAGAUUCGGAUAAUGAUCGGUCCAACGUUAGCACACGCUUUCAAGGAAAUACGAGUAUUUCCAGUGAAGAAUACUUCGGUAAUCCUAGUCGAAAGCUGAGUUCGUCGGGUUAUCAGGGAGUCGAUCUAACAACAAUGACAGCAGAUUUCAAAGAUGGCGUCUCAAAAGCAGCUGGAAAGUUGUCAUCAUUCGCCAGUAAUAUGAUGUCAAACAUGCAGAAAAAGUAA